CAAAACUAACAGCACAGCAAGCAACCAUGGCUUCUUAUGACCAGCAAUUCAAGGUUCUCGAGGUACCUCCGAUCGUGCAAGAGCUGGUGGGCGCCGGCGUGCAGGAGCCACCGAGCCAGUACGUCCUUCCUGUGCAAGACCGUCCUGCCGCGGCGGUCUCCGAGAUGCCCGAGCCCAUCCCCAUCAUCGACCUCAGCCGGCUGUCUGCCGGCAGCGCCGAAGAGUUCGACAAGCUGCGGUCCGCCUUGGAGAACUGGGACCUCUUCCUGGCUGUUGGACAUGGAAUGGAGCCUAGCUUUCUUGCCGAGGCGAUGAAGGUUACGAGAGAGUUCUUCAACCUCCCGCUGGAAGAGAAACAGAAGUACUCAAACAUUGUCGACGGCGAGAAGCUGGGCAUGGAUGGAUACGGUAACGACAUGGUCGUGAAAGAGAAUCAGGUCCUUGACUGGAACGACCGGCUCAAUCUCCUAGUGGAACCCGAGUCCCUGAGAACCUACAGACUGUGGCCAACACAACCCCCUUCUUUCAGAGACAUCCUGUCUGAGUACACCAUCAAGUGCAAAGCGGCGGCUAACCUUGUCUUUCGAAACAUGGCCAAGAUACUCAAUUUACAAGAGGAACACCUGGUAAACAUGAUCGGCGACAACUCCAUCACCCAAGCUAUAUUCAACUACUACCCUCAGUGUCCAAGGCCGGACCACGUCUUGGGCCUCAAGGCCCACAUCGACGGCUCCAUAAUCACAGUCAACUUCGCCGACGCUGAGGGGCUCCAGCUUCAGAAAAACGGCGUCUGGUACAACGUGCCCAUCGUUCCAAAUGCAUUGGUCAUGAACGUAGGAGAUAUAAUGGAGAUUUUGAGUAAUGGGUUCUUCAAGAGCCUGGUGCAUAGGGUUGUGACCAAUGCAGAGAAAGAGCGCUUGUCGUUGGUCCUGGUCUAUACAUUGGAGCUAGAGACAGAGCUUGAGCCGGUGUCAGAGCUGGUGGAUGACAAGAGGCCUGCGCAAUACAUGAAGAUCAAGCUCCACGACUACAUGGAAAAAUAUCAUGACACUUAUGCCACAGGGACACUAGCCAUCGAUGGCGUGAAGAUCUGAAUAUGAUUCCGAUGUGUACAAGUCCGCUAAUGAAGAACUAUGCAUGGUGAAG